AUGCUCCUCUCACCGGCUCCUCCUCCUCUCACCUCCACUCAUGUCUCGUCUCUCUCUCAUGCAGGCCUUCAACGUCAUCAACGGUGGCUCUCACGCUGGGAACAAGCUGGCCAUGCAGGAGUUCAUGAUACUGCCAGUCGGAGCCAAGAACUUCCACGAGGCCAUGAGGAUUGGCGCCGAGGUCUACCACAACCUCAAGAACGUCAUCAAGGCCAAAUACGGCAAAGACGCCACUAAUGUGGGAGACGAGGGCGGGUUUGCACCCAACAUCCUCGAGAACAAUGAGGCUCUGGAGCUGCUAAAAUCUGCCAUCGAGAAGGCCGGCUAUCCUGACAAGAUCAUCAUCGGCAUGGACGUCGCUGCGUCCGAGUUCUUCAGGAGUGGCAAAUACGACCUGGACUUCAAAUCACCCGACGACCCCAAGCGCCACAUCACUGGAGACCAGCUGGGAGACCUGUACAAGAGCUUCAUCAAGAACUACCCCGUCCAGUCCAUCGAGGAUCCGUUCGAUCAGGACGACUGGGAGAACUGGACUAAGUUCACGGGGUCAGUGGACAUCCAGGUGGUGGGAGACGAUCUGACCGUCACCAACCCCAAACGCAUCCAGCAGGCGUGUGAGAAGAAGGCCUGCAACUGCCUGCUGCUGAAGGUCAACCAGAUCGGCUCUGUCACCGAGUCCAUCCAGGCUUGUAAGCUGGCUCAGUCUAAUGGCUGGGGUGUGAUGGUCAGCCAUCGCUCCGGUGAGACGGAGGACACCUUCAUCGCUGACCUGGUGGUCGGUCUCUGCACAGGACAGAUCAAGACCGGCGCCCCCUGCAGAUCAGAGCGCUUGGCAAAGUACAACCAGCUGAUGAGGAUUGAGGAGGAGCUCGGAGACAAGGCCAAGUUCGCAGGCAAAGACUUCCGCCACCCCAAACUCUGAAGCAGCACCGCAGCUCCUCUGAUCUGCUUUUUUGACAUAAGAAAAAAAUAAAACAAUGGAAAGAAA